CAGGUUGGAGAUUAUUGAGAGUUGGCUGUGAGCUGCUACUGGUACAUUACAUACUCAUCAUAGAUAUAUACCAGCCAUUGGGAUCCCCUGCCUCGCCCUUUUGCUAGACGCCCUUCGACAUCCACUUUCUCUCAUCUCUUGCGACAGACACCAUGAACAACCGACCGGUGGAGCAGGCGCUCGCAACCCUCCUGCCCACUCAUGCUCAAGACUUACCACCGGAUCUCCUCAGCCUGGCCGUCUCCCUCGUCGCCCAGUCGCGCAGCCUGUCCUCGAGCCUGAAGCCCGAAGAAGAAAUCGCGCGGCCCUAUGCUUGCGCGGAGAUCGCUUGUCGGAGACUCACGCGCACGCUCAAGCUCCCUCCCCUGCUCGGCCACCCUCCGUGUCCACCCCGACCCUACAAGAAACUCUAUGCCUUCCUCGACCGCUCCCUCUCCGGCGGCUCCUCCUCCGCCCCAGGCACGCCCUCACGCAGCCGCACCACCCCUUCGUCCACCCCGACGAAAGCGAACCGCCUCACCCAGACCCCGUCCAAGAACCCCUUGGCGACAGCUACAGCCGCAGCCCUGCAAAACACCCCCACGAAAUCCAGCCCCCUCAAACGCUCCCUGCCGCACGACACCACAAAAACCUCAUCCAACACCAACCCCAGCACCCCCAACCGUCCCCGCCUCAAUGCCCCCAAUCCCACAUCCACCAAAAUCCCCGACGCCCCGAACUGGGUAAUGACCUCGAUCCGCACGGUCUGCAAAACCCUCUCCACCCCAGCCCCGCGCAUGAGCACCUGGUCGCGGCCCCCGAUCUCACGCACCCUGCCCCCGCACAUUUUCGCGGGAGUGUCCUCGAUCCUCUUCUUCGUGACCAAGACCGCCUCGACUCAUGUGAAACACGACGAGGGCCUCGACGACGAGAUGCUCGAGUUCCUGGAGCCCGUGCUCACCGCCCGGAAUACCGCAUCCGGCGAGGGGCCGGAUGAGGAGUACAAAGAGCUCGUGGAUGCGCUGAUCGUCGCGGUCUAUUUCCUUGUUCUGGCGAGACGGCGCCAGCCUGCUGAUGAUGACGUCUCAGAAACAGAAAGAGAGGCGGAUGCGAAGGUCAUGGAUAAGAAGACUUUCACGGAGAUGCGGCAGACGGCGUUGGUGAGUUUGGGGCUGCCGGCCACGGAGAGGCGGCAUCGCGAGGAUGUGGAUCAGUGGAUUGCCCUCGUCAUGGAGCAAGGGUGGGCCCAGGGGACGGAGUGGUUCGAGAAUAUCCCCAGGGCUGGGGAGGUGGAUGGCGAUGCGGAGCUUUUGGACGAGGAGGAGGAGAAUGGGGCUUAUGGGAACGGGGGCGAGGAGGAUGGUGGUGGUGUGCCGAGUCGGAAAAAGCAGCGCUUCCAGUUGGGGCGCGAGACGAGGCGCGGGUUGCUGCCGGGGUUGGGGACGAUGAUGCAGGAUCGCGUGGAUUGGUUGAGCGAGGAUCGCAGGGAGGAUUAUUUGGUCUGGAAGGCGGAGAUUCUGGCGAGAUGUGACCAGAUCGACAGGGCUGCUUUGGCUGCGUAGGGGUUUAUCUUCUUUGGAGUACACGGGGUUAGAGGGUGUGUAUGUGUGUGAUUAGCUACGUGAGAAAUAUGAU